AUGUUUUUAACGGGGAGUGUCGACGAAUGGCGAUUUACAAUCAACGAGAUCAACAAGAAACUGGAGCUGCCCUCUACCUACCGGGCUCCGCAACCUGGACGCAGCAUUGCUCGAGGCAUCAACUGCCAAAGUGCCCCAGGAACUGAGUUCCGCGAUGCUGUUCAAGGACCAGUUAUGGUCGUGAUCCCGAAAGGAACUUUCACGGCAGGGUCUACUCCUCAAGAGCAACAGCUUUGGAAGGUCCCACAAAAUCGCCGAAACUUUGAGCUGCCGCAACGAAAAGUUAGCAUUACCACCCCUCUAGCAUUCGGCAAAACAGAGGUCACGGUAAAUCAAUUUGAUACCUUUGUCCGUGAGAGCCACUAUCAGCUGCGAGGCGGAGCACGUUGGUGGAACCCAGACAACUCUACUGCCAUGGUCUUCAAUGAAGACCUAAACUACACCAACCCAGGAUUUACCCAGACAUCAGACUCGCCCGUCGUUGCAAUCAGGAGACAAGACGCCGAGGCUUACGCAUCCUGGCUUUCUACCAUGACCGGGGCUACUUACCGGCUGCCCACAGAGGAUGAAUGGGAGUGGGCCGCCCGUGGUGGUACUCAAGACGUCUUCUUCUGGGGGGACGCGAUAGAGCAGGUUAUCUCGUACGCCAAUUCUUAUGACAAGAUGUCGCUACGAGUUAACCGCUUCCACUGGAACAGCACUCCUGCAGAUGACGGCUUCGCAUGGACUGCUCCCGUCGCUUCUUUCCAACCGAAUAACUUUGGUUUGCACGACGUCACCGCAAAUGCCAGGGAGUUUUGCGCAGAUACCUGGAUACAGGAUCUUAGCGGUAGUGCCAAUGAUGGCUCAGUGCACAAUGGUACGGCACCGUUCCCUGUCGUGCGCGGUGGCGCUUGGAAUUAUCAACCGCAGAAUCUGCGAAUCAACUAUCGCAGUGCAUACUUCUCUAGCGAGGUCGCUACAAAUAUGUUUGGUUUCCGGUUGGUACGAGAGCUCUCGUGA